UAACUGUUUUAUGUUAAUCCUAAUUGGUGAUUGACUAAUGAGAUGGAAGAAAAAAUAAUUCCAAAUGGAAACAAUUAACCUGAAGGUUAAAUUGAUUUUCUUUUUCUAUUCUUAGUCAUGGACGAAUUUUAAAAUUACCGCGAUUUCUGAUUAGUUUUCUUUUUUUUUUUCUAUUUGUCUUGUACAUUUGAAACUCUUUUUGAUCUCAAAAUGAAUUUAUCUCUGUCUAGUUAAUUAUUAAUUCACUGCCAAUUGUUUUCCAUUUUGGUUUAAUCUCUAAUUUAAUUAAUUGAAUUAGAGAUGUCAGGAUCUAAUGGAGGAAUUCUUUGUAACUUGGAAGACCGAUUUACAAAGUAUCGAACUCAUCAUAAAGAACAUGAGAAUCGAGCUUUAACGACUCACAACACCAAAGUAGAAAAACAACGACAAGAGACUUACCAAUUGCAACAACAAAUCAUAAGUGAUACUGUUAGUGGUAGUAAAGUCAAGUCCAAUAAAAUUAGUUCAAACGGACCUGGAUCUCGUGCAACAAAGCGAAGCCAUCCUUCCAAUAAUUCAGCUCAAUCGUCGGGUCCCAAUGCUGCUAAAAUUCCUAAUAACGGACAAUUAGUUACCAUUAACAAUUCCUCUCCUUCUACAACUGUGUUUAAAAAUUCAACUCAACCUCGACCUCAAUCCCAGUCCCAGACACAAAGCCAGUCUCAACAUCAGUUACAACAACAACAACAGCAGCAACAGCCAUCUCAAUUGCUACCACAAACUCAACCGUUACAACAGCAACAACCACAGUAUUCUCAUCAACAAAUACAACCUCCACUGCAACUUAUUCACCAUCAAAUUCCACAACGCCAACAAAUACCGCCACCGCCACCGCCACAAGACCAACAACCACCGCAUCCACAGUCACAGCUUCAACCUUUACCACAAACACAGUCUCAACAACACCAACAACAAAUGAUUAUGAUUAACCAUGCCCAUCAUCAUCCCUCUCAACCAUCUCAUCCUCAAUCCCAACAGCUUCAACAUCACAAUACCAUAAAUCUCCAUACUCACCAUCAUCAACCUCCUCAAUCUAAUCAACCGCCACAACUUCAACGGUUACCUCAAAAUCAGUCCCAACAAUCUCAGCAUCAAAUGGUGAUGAUUAGUCACAAUCAACAUCAACAGCCUCAACCUCAACCUCCAUCCCAAGUCCAAAAUCACCCACAGCUAUUACAACAGGCACAGAUUCACCAACAGCACAUCCAACAACAACAGCAACAACAACAACGGUCUAACCAACAGUCACAAUACACGCGAUUACCACAAACACAAUCUCAGCAAUUUCCAAACCAUAACAAUAAUAAUCUUCAAAACCAUCACCAGCUUCAACAGCAGCCUAACCAUCAGUCACAAUAUAACAGAUUACCACAGACACAAUCCCAACAAUUUCAAAAUCAUAACAAUAUUCAUAAUCAUAACCAUCAACCUCAAUCUCAACAGCAAAUCCAAAUCCAGCAACAGCAACAACAACAACAACGACAGCUUCAAUCACAGUAUCAACAACGUUUACCACAAAAUCAAUCAUCGCAGCUUCAAUAUCUCAACCAAAACUAUUAUCCACAAGAGUUUAAAGAAUUAAAUGACGACGAUCUCGCAUGUCUUGAUAACUUCCAGUAUUCUUCUGAGCUUCCUUUAUCCGGACUCUCUCAAACACCUGAUCAGGAAAUAUUCUCGGAUCCAGUCUUCAUUAAGAAUCUAUUGGAAAGUUUUCGUAACAACUGAUUAAAUCUUUUGUUUAUUGGAUUAAGUGGACAGAAAGAUGCCCUUUAUUUCUUUUGUUUUUUGUUUUUUCUCUUCAUUAUCCUUCUCAAAAGUCUAAAUCAGAAUCAUGUUGACCCGGAAAAAGAAGACCUUCAAAGUUUCCCAUUAAUCUGAUGGAUCUCUAACUGGGUAACCUAGUUUGAACCUGUUUUUUACGUCUGGGCUUAUCGCAUUCUCUCUCUAUCUCUAUUCUCUCUCUCUCUCUCUCUCUCUCUCUCUCUCUCUCUCUCUACACUUGCUCUCUUUCUCUCUCAAUUCUUUCCUUCUUUUUCAUGGUUCGCUUUCAUCAUUAACAAAAGAAAAAUGUAUUCUCAUAAACAACAGAAGGCCAACUGUGCAACCUGAACAAAUGAGGAAGAUGUUUUUUUUUGCUGUCAGGGUUAAAUAAUAAUUUUGCAAAAAUGUUACGCUCCACUUGUACUUACAAGUAAUAUCUACAAGGAACUGACUUACAUCCUAUCUGUCUGUUGUUCCUUAUCUGUUUCCACCUUUCGUCUUUAUCAUCUUCCUCCUUCUCCUCUGUCUCAACCACCACGCUCUCAUAAAUUCAAUGACUAUCAGUACUUUUCUGCUUCCUUUUCACCCUUUUCUUAUUCUUUUUCACUUCAUCGACAUCACGAUCAUCAUCAUCGCCAUCACCAUCACCAUCAUCAUCAUCAACAUUUCUCAUUUUGUUCUUAUUUUUUCACAUUCAAAUUGACAAAAGAAAUUAACGAAAAAACCAUUUGUUUAACUUGAGACAAAAACGAAGCAAAAAGACACAAACACACAAAUGAAACAAUUCACACAACCCGAGCAACAAGUCCCGACGAAAAAGUCAACAUAACAACAAUAUUAAAGAGCAAAAACAUUCUCAAUUGUCAUUGUAAAGAAAAACAAAAAGAUUUAGAUAUCAAAAAUCAAAUCUACUAUUAUUAAUAUUAUUAUACAUAUAUUACUACAUUAUGCAAAUGAAACAAAACCUUAACACAUUCAUCAAAACAAAUAAAAAUUAAAUUGAUUGUAUCUGCAGCGAAAAA